UUGGUGUGCGCGGCCUCGCGGGCUCGGCGGCGGCGGCGGGAGCGCGGCCCCUUUAAACCGCCCGCCCGGCGCCCGGCCCGCGCCCGCCGCCUCCAUCUUCCCGGCGCCCGCCGCCCGGACAUGGCCGCCAACAUGUACCGGGUCGGAGACUACGUGUACUUCGAGAACUCCUCCAGCAAUCCGUACCUCAUCCGCAGGAUCGAGGAGCUCAACAAGACAGCGAACGGCAACGUGGAGGCCAAGGUGGUGUGCUUCUACCGCCGGCGCGACAUCUCCAGCACGCUCAUCGCGCUGGCCGACAAGCACGCCACUCUGUCUGUCUGCUACAAGACGGGAGCCGGGGCCGACAAUGGCGAGGAAGGGGAGCUGGAGGAGGAGCUGGAGAACCCCGAGAUGGUGAGCCUGCCGGAGAAGCUGCAGCACCAGCUGCGCCACCGGGAGCUGUUCCUGUCCCGGCAGCUGGAGUCGCUGCCGGCCACGCACAUCAGGGGGAAGUGCAGCGUCACCCUCCUCAAUGAGACCGAGUCACUCAAGUCCUACCUGGAGCGGGAGGAUUUCUUCUUCUAUUCCCUGGUCUACGACCCGCAGCAGAAGACCCUGCUGGCCGACAAAGGCGAGAUCCGUGUGGGGAGCCGCUACCAGGCCGACAUCACCGACCUGCUGGAAGAAGGUGAGGAGGAUGGGCGGGACCAGGCCCAGCUGGAGACGAAGGUGUGGGAGGCGCAUAACCCGCUGGUGGACAAGCAGAUCGACCAGUUCCUGGUGGUGGCCCGCUCUGUGGGCACCUUUGCACGGGCCCUGGACUGUAGCAGCUCUGUCCGGCAGCCCAGCCUGCACAUGAGCGCGGCCGCGGCCUCCCGGGACAUCACGCUGUUCCACGCCAUGGACACGCUGCACAAGAGUGUAUAUGACGUGGCCAAGGCCAUCUCAGCCCUGGUGCCCCAGGGCGGGCCGGUGCUAUGCAGAGACGAGAUGGAGGAGUGGUCAGCCUCGGAGGCCAGCCUCUUCGAGGAGGCCCUGGAGAAGUACGGCAAGGACUUCACUGACAUCCAGCAGGACUUUCUGCCCUGGAAGUCACUGACGAGCAUCAUCGAGUACUACUACAUGUGGAAGACCACGGACAGAUACGUGCAGCAGAAACGCUUGAAGGCAGCUGAGGCGGAGAGCAAGCUGAAGCAGGUCUACAUCCCCAACUACAACAAGCCAAACCCGAACCAGAUCAGCGGCAAUAAUGUCAAGGCGGGCGUGGUGAAUGGCGCAGGCACCCCGGGCCAGAGCCCCGGGGCCGGCCGGGCCUGCGAGAGCUGCUACACCACCCAGUCUUACCAGUGGUAUUCUUGGGGUCCCCCUAACAUGCAGUGUCGUCUCUGCGCCUCUUGUUGGACAUAUUGGAAGAAAUAUGGUGGCUUGAAAAUGCCAACCCGGCUCGAUGGGGAGAGGCCGGGACCAAACCGCAGCAACUCGAGUCCCCACGGCCUCCCAGCCCGGAGCAGCGGGAGCCCCAAGUUCGCCAUGAAGACGCGACAGGCCUUCUACCUGCACACCACCAAGCUCACGCGCAUCGCACGGCGCCUGUGCAGGGAGAUCCUGCGGCCCCAGCACGCGGCCAGGCACCCCUACACGCCCAUCAACAGCGCGGCCAUCAAGGCUGAGUGUACGGCCCGGCUGCCCGAGGCCUCCCAGAGCCCGCUGGUGCUGAAGCAGGCCGUGCGGAAGCCCCUGGAGGCCGUGCUGCGGUACCUGGAGGCCCACCCGCGCCCCCCGAAGCCUGAGCCCGCGAAGAGCGUGCCCGGCGUGCUGGCCGGCCUGAGCCCCGCCAAGCCGGCCCCCGUCAUCAGCAGCGGCUCGCCCACCAUCCUGGGCAAGAGGGGCUACGAGCACCACAACGGCGUGGACGGUGAGUGUGGGCCGCGCCGAGGCGCAGGGCCCGGCCCGCCCGCUGCCCGCUCACCGUGUCUUCUCUCCUCUCUCUCCCGCCAUCGGGCAUGGCCAGGCAACAUGAAGAAGCGUCUCUUGAUGCCCAGUAGGGGUUUGGCGAACCACGGACAGGCCAGGCACAUGGGACCAAGCCGGAACCUUCUGCUCAACGGGAAGUCUUACCCCACCAAAGUGCGCCUGAUCCGGGGGGGCUCCCUGCCCCCUGUCAAGCGGCGACGGAUGAACUGGAUCGAUGCCCCGGACGAUGUGUUCUACAUGGCCACGGAGGAAACCAGGAAGAUCCGCAAACUGCUGUCGUCGUCGGAGACCAAGCGGGCCGCGCGCCGGCCCUACAAGCCCAUUGCCCUGCGCCAGAGCCAGGCGCUGCCGCUGCGGCCGCCCGUGCCCGCCCCGGUCAACGACGAGCCCAUCGUCAUCGAGGACUAGCCAGCCCCCCCCACCGCGCCCCCACCCGCCCGCCGCCCGUUUGGUAGUGCCCUGCCCCCAUGCAGAGAGCCGCGCCCCGGCCGCUCUCUAACUUAUUCCAAGAUUUAUUCCGAGGAGUCCCGUUAGCUUUGAGUUUCCUUUUGGCCGGAGCGGAGCGGAGGAGCCGCCGUGCGCCUGCUGCGGGCCCCGCGGCGGCGUCAGUUCUGUUGUGUUCUGUUGAAGGUGCCAUUUUAAAUUUUAUUUUUAUUACUUUUUUUGUAGAUGAAUUUAAGCUCUGUAACUUACACCUGGAAUGUUAGGAUCGGUGUGGCCGGCCAGUGGGGUUGGCCCCUUGUCUUUUCAAGUAAUUUUCAUAUUAAAAAAAAACAAAGAAAAAAACUCAUAAAAAGGAAAAAACCAA